UUGGGUUGGUCGACUUUGCUAAGAUAAGAGAGACUCACUCUCUCUCUCUCUCUCUCUCUCUCUUUCUCUUUUACCUUCUCUGCAAGAAAUCUUCACUUUCUUUCUCUCUCUCUCUCUCUAGGAAAAAAAAGUUGGAAGCUGACUCGAAAAAAGACUCUCUUUUUUUCGUCUUCCUGCAAAUACGAAAUGGCGAUCGAGGAUCAAGAGAACACCAUCCGUGAAAUCAAGCCUAAGAACAGGAGAAUCAUGGGAGCUGGUGGACCGGAAGAGGAAGACAACCGUUGGCCGCCAUGGCUUAAACCUCUGCUUAAAGAGCAAUUCUUUGUUCACUGCAAGUUUCAUGGAGACUCUCACAAGAGUGAAUGCAAUAUGUAUUGCUUAGACUGCACCAAUGGCCCUCUUUGCUCUCUUUGUCUUGCUCAUCAUAAGGAUCAUCGCACCAUUCAGAUAAGGAGAUCUUCAUAUCAUGAUGUUAUAAGGGUGAAUGAGAUACAAAAGUACAUUGAUAUAGCCGGGAUCCAAACGUAUGUGAUUAAUAGUGCUAAAGUCGUCUUCUUGAACGAGAGGCCUCAGCCUAGGCCCGGGAAAGGCGUCACCAAUACCUGCAAAGUUUGCUAUCGUAGCCUCGUCGAUGAUAGCUUCCGCUUCUGCUCUCUUGGUUGCAAGAUUGCUGGAACAUCAAGAGGAUUUGAAAAGGGAAGGGAGAACCUUCUGAUGGAAACAGAUGAUUCAAGUAGCAGCAUUGGGAUUGGGAAGAACAUAACAAAUCUCCAAAGUUUCAGCCCAUCAACACCUCCACUUACUACAUCUAGCAACUGUAGAAUCGCCAAGCGAAGAAAGGGAAUUCCUCAUCGAUCUCCGAUGGGAUAAGAACCGAGAAAACAAAGCUGUUCCCAGUUUCUUCAUCUAUAAGAUUACACACAAAGGUAUAGCUAGAGGCUUUGGUCUCUUAUCUUUUCUCAUAUACCAAACAAAUGGUCUUUUGCUUGUGUUAGCAAAAAGAAAGGCCUUAAGUUAGGUUUCGUCCUUCUAAUGGCAAAUUAUGUGAAUAUUUGUAAUGUGCUUGUUUUGUAUAUGUGAUGCAAAAAGGGUAGAAAUGGAAAUAUAGGGGUUUAGUGGGAUAAAAGUUGGAAUAAAAACAAAAUUAGUUUUUGUUUUUUUCAUUUAUGUAUGCAUGGUGUAAAUUUGGUUUGGUUAGGUGCAUACAUGGAUUUGGAAUAAUUAAUAAAUAAUUAAAUUUCCUAUUUUUUUUUUGCGA